AAGUACCUGUCAGCCAGUUGUUAAAUAGCAUUUUCGACAAUCAAGCGUAUUACAAAAUCGCAAAAGCCACACAUGUGAAAGGAUAAUAUUCGUACAGAGGAAGUGUGAAAGUUCAUUAAUCAAAGUUAUAACAAUUAAAAGAUCUAUUCUUGUGAAUUAUAUCUUUUUGAAUAGUGCUUUUGGUUGUGAAAAAAUAUAUAGAAAUUCAAAAUAUUUUUUGCAAAAUGUACAAGUUUGGUAUCGUUUUAUUAUCGGCGGUUCUCUUCGCUUUUGUCUUGGCUCGUCCUGCUGAGGAAAAAUCGGCUGCGUCUCCUGCCAUUACGACAACAACAACACCUGCAACAAUAAUCAGUCAAAUCGAUUUUGCCAAUCCAGAUGGCAGCUAUAAUAGCAGUUACGAAACAUCCAAUGGCAUCAAGGUCGAAAACGCUGGCUACUUGAAGAGAAUUCUUGUGCCAAAACAGGAAUCCACCGAUGGUCAGGUGAUUGAUGAGCACGAAGAGUUGGUGUUAGUGCAGACAGGCUUAUACUCCUACCCGGAUCCGGAAGGAAACCUCAUCACCCUGCGCUACGUGGCCGAUGAGAAUGGCUUCCAGCCAGAAGGUGAACACUUGCCAUUACCGCCAGCAUAAAACCAGGAAGUAUCUGCAUAAAAAACUUAAAUGAAUGAGUUCAUUAUUUGCUGCAAAAUAUAAGUAAAUAAAAAGCUCAAAGAAAAGAGAAAUGAAAAACCGAUUAAGUUGUAUGCGCUAAGUAUUACAUUUAACUAAGUUAAUAAGUUGCGAAAUGGUUAAUAAACCAUAAGUCAAUAGUUGUAUAAAUUUAAGUAAUUAAAAAACGACAAUGCUGCCAUUUAAUGAUAAAUAAAAAUAAA